GGGGCGGGGCGGAGUCACGUGACGCUCAUUUGGGUUGGAGUCUGGGCUGCUCUUCCCCCUCCCCACACCGGUGGGAGGGUCACGUGGGCGGUCCUGCUGCUGCUAGGGUAAGUCACUGUUCCCGACUGCGGGGAAAGAGUCUCCGCAGCCGCCACCACCGCCGGACGGGGCGGGGGUGGGGAUUCCAGUGCUGCGGCCUCCGCCAUCACCUUCCUGCCUGCGUCUUCAGGGCUCAAGCUCUGACCGCCAUGGAGCAGGGCUGGGGCCCCAAGGCAACAGCCACCGCCCCCACCUUGUGAGGCGUAGCCGCUGCCGUCGUCGCCUCCUCCGAGGGCCUCUGGGACUUCCUAGGCCUUGCUUCUCUCAGCCUCCGCCGCCGCCCGUCGCCUCCUUGCCUCGGGGUUGCUCUUCGGUCCUCCAGCUCGGUCCCUCGGGGCCAGGCCUAAAUGUGUGCUCGGUGAGAGGUCCAGCCGAAUCGAAGGCCCGCGGCCCGGGACGCCGCUACCGACCGCCAACGCCACCGUCAUCGGGACAUGGUUUGGGCCUAGCGGAGCCGGGACAGGAGGGAAUCUAGAACAACAGCAAAGCUGAGGUCAAACUGCCAUACAGGAUGGACACCAAGGAAGCUGUGUUGGGAACAAAAAGAAAUCAAAAUAAGCAACAUGAACCGUGAAGACCGGAAUGUGCUUCGUAUGAAAGAAAGGGAAAGGCGAAAUCAGGAAAUUCAUCAGGGUGAAGAAGCCUUCCCACCCAACUCUCCUCUCUUUGCUGAACCAUACAAAGUUACUAGCAAAGAAGACAAAUUAUCUAGUCGUAUUCAGAGCAUGCUUGGAAACUAUGAUGACUCCUACGAAAUGAAGGAUUUUAUAGGAGACAGAUCUCUACAAAAGCUUGUUGCAAUCCCCAAACCUACCAUACCAUCAACAGCAGAUGAAAAACCAAAUCCAAGUUUCUUUAGUGAACACAGACAUGGUAGCUCUCAUCAGAGCAGCAAAUGGACACCUGUAGGACCAGCACCUAGCACUUCUUCACAAUCACAGAAACGGUCUUCAGGUUUACAGAGUGGACACACUAGCCAACGAACCAGUGGAAGUGGCAGUAACAGCACUAGUGGUGUUGGUCAGAGGCAUGAUCGUGAAUCAUACAGUAGUGGUGGUGGUGGUGGUGGUAGUCGUAAAAAAAGCCAGCACGGAACAGAACACUCCAAAUCUCGUUCUUCCAGUCCUGGAAAACCACCUGCUGUUUCUUCAUUAAGCUCUAGUCAUUCCAGAGCUCAUGGGAAUGAUCACCACAGCAAGGAGCAGCGUUCCAAAUCACCACGGGACCCAGAUGCAACUUGGGACUCACCUUCUCGUGUUCCUUCAUUUUCAAGUGGGCAGCACUCCAGCCAGUCUUUUCCACCUUCAUUAAUGUCAAAGUCAAAUUCAAUGUUACAGAAACCUACUGCCUAUGUAAGACCCAUGGAUGGACAGGAGUCCAUGGAACCAAAGCUAACCUCUGAGCACUACAGCAGCCAAUCUCAUAGCAACAACAUGAGUGAGCUGAAGCCUAGUAGCAAAGCACAUCUUACCAAACUGAAAAUACCUUCUCAACCAUUAGAUGCAUCUGCAUCUGGUGAUGUAAGCUGUGUGGAUGAAAUUCUUAAAGAGAUGACCCAUUCAUGGCCACCCCCCUUAACUGCAAUUCAUACACCAUGCAAAACAGAGCCUUCUAAAUUUCCUUUUCCAACUAAAGAAUCUCAGUCAAAUUUUGGCUCUGGAGAACAGAAAAGAUACAAUCCUUCAUCUAAAACUUCAAAUGGGCAUCAGUCCAAAUCUAUGUUAAAGGAUGAUUUAAAACUUAGCAGCAGUGAAGAUAGUGAUGGAGAGCAGGAUUGUGAUAAAACUGUGCCAAGAAGUACACCGGGAAGUAAUUCUGAACCUUCACACCACAAUAGCGAAGGAGCAGAUAAUUCCAGGGAUGACUCAAGUAGCCAUAGUGGAUCUGAAAGCAGCUCUGGAUCUGACUCGGAGAGUGAAAGUAGUUCCAGUGACAGUGAAGCCAAUGAGCCAUCACAGAGUGCAUCUCCUGAGCCUGAACCACCACCAACAAAUAAAUGGCAACUUGAUAAUUGGUUAAAUAAAGUGAAUCCACAUAAAGUGUCACCAGCUUCUUCUGUAGAUAGUAAUAUUCCAUCUUCUCAAGGUUAUAAAAAGGAAGGUCGGGAACAAGGACCAGGAAGUGGCUAUAUUGAACAAAAUGGACCUAAAGAAUCCAAUUCUUCUACUCCUGGACGAGAUUCCAAAACUAUUCAAAAAGGAUCAGAGAGUGGUCGUGGGAGACAAAAGUCCCCAGCACAGAGUGAUAACACUACACAACGAAGAACUGUAGGAAAAAAACAACCCAAAAAAACGGAGAAGGCAGGUGUAGAAGAGCCUCGAGGGGGCUUAAAAAUAGAAAGUGAAACCCCUGUAGACAUGACAACAAGUAUGCCCUCUAACAGGCACAAGGCAGCCACAAAAGGCUCAAGAAAACCCAAUAUAAAAAAGGAGCCCAAAUCUUCCCCUAGGUCAACAACAGAAAAAAAGAAAUACAAGUCAACAAAUAAGCCUUCACAAAAAUCUAGAGAAAUCAUAGAAACAGAUACUUCUUCCUCUGAUUCUGAUGAAAGUGAGGGCCUUUUUCCUUCUUCACAAACUCCUAAGUAUCCUGAAAGCAACAGAACUCCUGUUAAACCCUCCUCAGUAGAGGAGGAAGAUAGCUUUUUUCGGCCAAGAAUGUUCUCUCCUAUGGAAGAGAAGGAACUUCUUUCCCCACUUAGUGAUCCUGAUGACAGGUAUCCACUUAUUGUCAAGAUUGACCUGAAUCUCUUGUCAAGAAUACCAGGGAAGCCUUAUAAAGAAAUGGAGCCCCCCAAAGUAGAAAAGAAAAAUGUGCCUGAGAAGCACACAAGAGAGCCUCAAAAACAAGUCUCAGAUAAAGGUUCCACCAAGGGGAAGAGGAAACAUAAGAAUGAAGAUGAUAACCGAGCCUCCGAGAGCAAGAAACCUAAGAUUGAGGAGAAGAGUUCAUCAGGCCAUAAGACAUCCAGCAAUAGAGAGUCAUCCAAACAGAGUGCUGUGAAAGAGAAGGAUCCAUUGCCUUCUCCUGCUGGGCCUAUUCCUGUGAAAGACUCAAAAACUGAGCAUGGAUCUAGGAAGAGAACAGUCAGCCAGUCAUCUUCCUUAAAAUCUACUAAUAGCAGCAACAAGGAAAGUAGUGGUAAAAAUAGUUCUACUUCCAAGCAGAAAAAGACAGAAGGAAAAGUUUUUAGUAGUUCCAAGGAAGCCAAGGAAAAGAUUCCAAGUAGUUCUUCAAACUAUCCUCCAGCUUCACAAAUUCCUGAUAGCUCUAAAAUACGAAGAGCAAAGCUGGCCUUUGAUGACAGGAAUUAUUCAGCAGAUCAUUAUUUACAAGAAGCUAAAAAGUUAAAACACAAUGCAGAUGCUUUGUCUGAUAGAUUUGAGAAAGCUGUCUAUUAUCUUGAUGCUGUGGUUUCCUUCAUUGAAUGUGGGAAUGCUUUGGAGAAAAAUGCUCAGGAAUUCAAAUCUCCAUUCCUUAUGUAUUCAGAGACUGUAGAGCUAAUUAAAUAUACUAUGAAGCUGAAGAAUUACUUGGCACCAGAUGCUACAGCUGCAGAUAAAAGACUGGCCAUUCUUUGUCUUCGGUGCCAGUCCUUAUUGUACCUGAGAUUAUUUAAGCUGAAGAAGGAAAAUGCUUUGAAAUACUCAAAAACAUUAACUGAACAUUUAAAGAAUUCCUAUAAUAAUUCUCAAGCUCCAUCACCUGGAAUGGGAAGCAAAGCUGUUGGAAUGCCUUCUCCAGUUUCUCCAAAGCUCUCUCCUGGCAAUUCAGGAAAUUACACUUCAGGGGCAAGCAGUACUUCAGGGAGCAGUUCUUCAGUAACAAUUCCACAGAGAAUCCACCAGAUGGCAGCCAGCUAUGUUCAGGUCACUUCCAACUUCCUUUAUGCUACGGAAAUCUGGGACCAAGCCGAACAGCUUUCUAAGGAGCAAAAAGAGUUCUUUGCUGAACUGGAUAAAGUAAUGGGUCCUCUCAUCUUUAAUUCAAGCAUCAUGACAGACCUAGUUCGUUACACCCGGCAGGGACUUCAUUGGCUUCGUCUGGAUGCCAAGUUGAUAUCUUGAACUGAAGGAUUCUUACCCAGAACAUAUUCUCGUUGCCUCUGAUUUUUCUCCACAACACUGUGUCAUAUCAAUAAGGAAGACUGCCAUAACACUGCUUAGUCAACACUAAGAGCAAGGAAUGCUUCUGCCUCACUGUCUCAUGUAAAAGUUGUGUUUUUGGUUUUUGUUGUUUUGUUAUUGUAUUUUGUUUUGUUUUGUUUUUUGUUUUUUGUUUUUUCUUUAAACCCAAAGCCAUCAUGUUAAUGGACUCCUAAAAUAUUCCCUAUUUGGAAAGUUAUUUAAGUAUUUUUACAUCUGCAGCAUAUUGAUAAGAUGCAGUUUUAGCUAAUCUGAAAUGGGAUUGGAAUUCUAGUUGUAAUGCAUAAGUAAUCAAUUUAAAUCAUAUUUAUUUUUAAUUUUUUAACUGCCCAAUUUGGUGGGACUCUUUUAAUAAUUAUUUCUACCUAUAAAUUUAUCCUACCAAAUGCUUAGCAGAAAUUUCAUGCAGACACUUUUAUUUAUGUACUUUAAACUUUGUUCUCAGUAAUGUCUCCAUGUGGUAAAGCUUGUAAAAGAGGAUUAUUAUAUUCUCAAAUGUAAAGACAUGUAUUUAACAUGUCUGUUGCCUCUUACUCAAAUCUUAAAUGACAACUACAGUUUUAAUAUUGCAGAAUUUGUACUUAAUGUUAAGGAAAAGGACCCAAAAAGGUUUCUUGAACAUGUGAAAAGAAAUUUAAAUAUUAGAAUAUAACAUUCUAGAUUGGGGGGAAAUCAUGUUUGAUUCAAGAUGGUUUGUUAUUUUAAAAAUCAUGAUCACACUUAAUAAUACCAUAGCAGUCUCACAGUGUUAGAGUUACUUAUAUUUAAUGAAUUAUUAAAGAGAUCAAGAACAUGAAUUCUAGGAGAUAUGCAUCAUACAGAAGUUUUAUGUUUGUUUUUUUUUUUUUUAAUGAAAGGACAAUCUUGAACUUUUAAAAAAAUUUUGUUGUAAUUUUAUUCUCAUUGUUUUUGUCACUUGAUAUUGCAUUGAAAACAGUAUAUUUAACCAUUUGAAAAAAUGGGUUAGAAAAUUCCUUAGAGUCAUUACAAUCUCUGUCUCUUCCAAUGAAUGAGAAGUUUUGUUCAAAAAUUCAUAUCCAUCUUCAGAAUUCUUUUUAUUUUCUCUUUGUGGAUUCAUUUGUGAUAUUCUGAUAUGCAUGUACAUUGAUUGCUGUGGAAAUGAGCUGGAGUUCAGGUGUGUCCUAUUUUAUCUUACAACUUAGAGCAAAGUUGUAAAACUGUUCUAAUCUGGAGACAUAGAACUUGUUUUAAUCAUGUAUUUACCCCAUUGUAUUAUGAAGGCCCCCAAUGAGUGAUGAUUAUUUCUGUUGGGAGCAGAAUAUUCACUUUAGAGAAGUAUCUUACUGUAAGUAAAAGGAGAGCCCUCCAUGGGUUUGAAGUGGCUGCUUUUGUAAAAGUUGUGCACCAAAGUACCUUUCCAUACAAGGUGCUUAUUGGAAUACAAGGUGAGAACUGUACUGUUUGUACUUUGCUUAGUGCCCCUAUCAUGUCUGGUGUGCCUUAAAUCUUUAACAUUUAGAUGAAGACUUGAUGGACUGUUUACAGACGAAGUGUCACAGGAGGACCAGGUCUACUGUGUACAGCUGGUUUUGUGCAGUAGUUUAGGUAAAAUUUCAUUUUCUUUAAGACUAACCAUGUAGAAAUAUUUGCUUUUAUAAAUGGUAACCCUUUAGUAUAGUGACUUAGUCUAAAACUAGGGAGUCUGGAUUAUAUAAGGCUGCUGAAAGAAGCAGAUUUUCUUCCCAGUACCAGAAAUGCAUAUAUGCUUUCAGGAAAAAAAAAAAAAAAAAGAUUGCACUCAAUUUCUGGGUUAUCAUCACGUGCCAAAAGGAUGGCAAGUGCAAAAAAAAAAAAAAAAAGAA